UUUCUACUGAAUGUUGUAGCUUUAUAUAGGAAGUGUAAGAUUUAAGGCAAAUAGUUCUUUGAUGAUUUUAUUCAAGUGCAUUUAAUCAAUGUUUAUCUCUGAGUUUCUGGCUGCUGGUUUUUAGACUGCCUUUCCCUGAUCUAUCCUGCCCCAUACCCAUCUCCCAUCUAAUAUUUGUUAUAUACUUAUAGUAAUUAUUCCUUAUUUACUUAAACUUCAAAUUUACCUGUGUCCUGCUUAUUUCCUAAACUUGGCAGCCCUAGGGUGUACAACCUUUCUCAUUUGGACACAUGCUCUUUCUAGAACCCUUCCUAGGUUCAACACCCUUCCAGCUUUUUUCCAGUUAGUUAUCAGAGGUAAGAGUCUCAGUGACUUUUUUGUCUGGGCUGACUUCAAACCUCAAUCUUCAGAUCUCAGGCUUCUGUGCAGCUUUGUUUGUGCUUAUGAUUGCCUUGAACUUGUGGAGCUGGGGGCCUGAUCUGCCCUGGUGCAAGGGAUUUGGGGAGGCUAUGCCGGGCCAAGUUGUGUUCCUGGAUCCAUCUGUUUUCUAGAAGCUCCUCCUUAAGAGUGUCUUUAACAUCUCAGGAGUAAUUUUCUUUCCAGCCCAAGGCUCUUGCAGACAGUUGCAGUUAAGAGGGAGCAAGGAAUAAUGUAGAAGGGACUAGCUGAGCACCUGUGGACUUUGCACCCAGCACAAUGGGCAGGACCCUCCCUCUGUAUCACCUCCAAGAAUCAGGGCUGAGGUGGAGCUUCCAGCUGGGCUACACCAAAGCCCAGGCCCAGGGGGAGCUGUACACACCCAUCCAUAAGCCUGGCUACUGCACUUUCUAUGAGGAGUGUGGGAAGAAUCCGGAGCUGUCUGGAGGACUCACAUCACUGUCCAAUGUGUCUUGCCUGUCCAACACUCCAGCCCUCCUUGUCACUGGCGACCACUUAACUCUCCUGCAGAGAAUCUGUCCUCGUCUCUACAAUGGCCCUAACAACACCUAUGCCUGCUGUUCCAUCAAACAGCUGGUGUCCCUGGAGAGAAGCAUGUCAAUCACCAAGGCCCUCCUUACCCGCUGCCCAGCUUGCUCUGACAACUUUGUGAGUUUGCACUGCCACAAUACCUGCAGCCCCAACCAGAGUGUCUUCAUCAACGUCACCCGUGUGGCCUCCCAGCAGGCUGGCCAGCCCCUCGCUGUGGUGGCCUAUGAGGCCUUCUACCAACAGAGUUUUGCAGAGAAGGCCUAUGAGUCUUGCAGUCGGGUACGCAUCCCGGCCGCUGCCACGCUAGCCGUGGGCAGUAUGUGUGGUGUGUAUGGUUCUGCCCUCUGCAAUGCCCAGCGCUGGCUCGACUUUCAGGGAGACACAGGGAAUGGCCUGGCUCCACUGGAUAUCACCUUUCACCUUUGGGAACCCGGUCAGGCCCUGGGAAAUGGGAUCCAGCCUCUGAAUGGGGAGACUACAGCCUGCAAUGAGUCUCAGGGUGGAAACAUGUCAGCCUGCUCCUGCCAGGACUGUGCAGCUUCCUGCCCAGUGAUUGCUCAUCCUCCAGACCUGCAUCCUUCCUUCUACAUGGGACAGAUGCCAGGCUGGCUGGCCCUCAUCAUCAUCUUCUGUGCUGUCUUUGUGUUGCUCACUGCUAUCCUUGUGAGGUUUCGUGUGGUUUCUAACAGGGCCAAGAGCAAGAGAGUGGGACCCCAGGGGACUCCAGGUGGCACUCACAAGCACAGACUCUCUCCCCAUAAUGUCCUUGGCCAGUUCUUUGAGAAAUGGGGCACAAGAGUAGCCUCAUGGCCACUGACCAUCCUAACUGUGUCCACUGUGGUAGUGUUGGCCUUGGCGACAGGCAUGAUGUACCUAAAACUUGUCACUGACCCCGUGGAUCUGUGGUCAGCUCCCAAAAGUCAAGCCCGGAAGGAGAAGGCUUUCCAUGAUGAGCAUUUUGGCCUCUUCUUUCGAACCAAUCAGGUUUUCCUGACAGCUCCGAACCGGUCCAGCUACAGGUAUGACUCUCUGCUGCUGGGGUCCAAGAACUUCAGUGGGAUCCUGUCCCUGGACCUACUGUUGGAGGUUCUGGAGCUGCAGGAGAGGCUGAGGCACCUGCAGGUAUGGUCACCUGAGGCCCAGCGCAACAUCUCCCUGCAGGACAUCUGCUACGCACCCCUCAACCCGCACAACACCAACCUCUCUGAUUGCUGCGUCAACAGCCUUUUGCAGUAUUUCCAGAAUAAUCGCACACUGCUGCUGCUCACAGCCAACCAGACGCUGAUGGGCCAGACUUCUGAGGUGGACUGGAGGGAUCACUUCCUCUACUGUGUCAAUGCUCCCCUCACCUAUAAAGACGGCACAGCCCUGGCCUUGAGCUGCAUAGCUGACUAUGGGGCCCCUGUCUUCCCUUUCCUCGCCGUAGGGGGAUACCAAGGGAUGGACUACUCGGAGGCUGAGGCUUUGGUCAUGACCUUCUCCCUCAACAACUACCCAGCUGAGGAUCCCAGACUGGCCCAGGUCAAGCUCUGGGAGGAGGCCUUCCUGAAGGAGAUGCAGGACUUCCAGCAGAGGACAGCUGGAAGGUUCCAGGUUGCCUUCAUGGCUGAGCGCUCUCUGGAGGACGAGAUCAACCGUACCACCUUGAAGGAUCUGCCCAUCUUCACCAUCAGCUACUUUGUCAUCUUCCUGUACAUUGCCCUGGCCCUGGGCAGCUACUCUAGCUGGGCCCAGGCGCCGGUGGAAUCCAAGGCCACGGUGGGCCUGGGUGGGGUGAUGGUGGUGAUGGCAGCAGUCGCAGCCCCCAUCGGCUUCUUCUCCUACGUGGGGGUGUCCUCUUCUCUGAUCAUCAUACAAGUGGUGCCUUUCCUGGUGCUGGCCGUGGGUGCGGACAACAUUUUCAUUUUUGUCCUUGAGUACCAGAGGCUGCCACGAAAGCCUGGGGAGCAGCGAGAGGCCCACAUUGGCCGAGCCCUGGGCAGGGUAGCCCCCAGCAUGCUGCUAUGCAGCCUCUCUGAGGCCAUCUGCUUCUUCCUAGGAGCACUGACUCCCAUGCCAGCUGUGCGGACCUUUGCCCUGACCUCUGGCCUGGCCAUCAUUUUUGACUUCCUUCUGCAGAUGACCGCAUUUGUGGCCCUGUUCUCCCUGGACAGCAGGAGGCAGGAGGCUUCCCGUCCUGACUGCUGUUGCUGCCUUGCACCUCGAGCUUUGCCUCCAUCUGAGCAAAACAGUGAGGGGCUCCUGCUCCACUUCUUCCGCAAGAAAUAUGCUCCCUUCCUGCUGCAUCCGUUCACCCGCCCCGUCGUGAUGGUGCUGUUUCUGGCCCUGUUUGGGGCAAGUCUCUACUUCAUGUGCCACAUAAGUGUGGGGCUGGACCAGGAGCUGGCUCUGCCCAAGGACUCCUACCUGCUUGACUACUUCCUCUUUUUGAACCAUUACUUUGAAGUGGGCCCCCCGGUGUACUUUGUCACCACUUCAGGCUACAACUUCUCCAGUGAAGCAGGCAUGAAUGCCAUCUGCUCCAGUGCUGGCUGCAACAACUUUUCCUUAACUCAGAAGAUCCAGUAUGCCACUGAGUUCCCGGAUCAGUCUUACCUGGCUGUCCCUGUAUCAUCCUGGGUGGACGACUUCAUCGAUUGGUUGGUCCCAUCCUCCUGCUGCCGCCUUUAUACCUCUGGCCAAAAUAAGGAUGAAUUCUGCCCUUCAACUGAGAACUCUUGGAAAUGCUUAAAGAACUGCAUGAACUUCACGCUGGGUCCUAUACGGCCCACGGCGGAGCAGUUCCACCAGUAUCUUCCCUGGUUCCUGAGUGACCUGCCCAACAUCAGAUGUCCCAAGGGCGGCCUGGCAGCAUAUAGCACCUCUGUGAAUUUGGGCCCGGAUGGCCAGGUUCUAGCCUCCAAGUUUAUGGGGUACCACAAGCCACUGAAGAACUCUCAGGAUUUCACAGAAGCUCUGAGGGCAGCUCGACUGCUGGCAGAAAACAUUACAGCGGACUUGAGGAAGGUGCCAGGAACAGACCCAGACUUUGAGGUCUUCCCCUACACGAUUUCCAAUGUGUUCUACCAGCAGUACCUGACUGUUCUUCCUGAGGGCAUCUUCACGCUCGCCCUUUGUUUCGUACCUACCUUCAUAGUCUGCUACCUUCUGCUGGGCCUGGACAUGUGCUCCGGUAUCCUCAACCUCAUCUCCAUCAUCAUGAUCCUUGUGGACACCAUGGGCUUGAUGGCUGUAUGGGGCAUCAGUUACAAUGCUGUAUCCCUCAUCAACCUGGUCACGGCAGUGGGCAUGUCUGUGGAGUUUGUGUCCCAUAUCACCCGCUCCUUUGCUGUUAGCACCAAGCCUACUAGGCUGGAAAGGGCUGAGGAAGCUACCGUCUUUAUGGGCAGUGCGGUAUUUGCUGGAGUGGCCAUGACUAACCUGCCAGGAAUUCUUGUCCUGGGCCUCGCUGAUGCCCAGCUUAUCCAGAUCUUCUUCUUCCGUCUCAAUUUAUUGAUCACCCUGCUGGGCAUGGUGCACGGAUUGGUCUUUCUGCCAGUUGUGCUGAGCUACCUGGGGCCCGAUGUUAAUCCAGCACUGGUACUGGAGCAGAAACCAACCGAAGAGAUAGCAACAGCCAAUGAGCCCUCCUGCCCGAAACAUCCCUUCCCUCCUGAUGUGACCACCAAUGUCUAUGUCAACCAUGGCUUCCAAGAUUUUACCCUUGGAGCUGGGGCCAUCGGCAGCUCCUUGCCCAAGAGUACACAAGAGUUCUGACGAAGCCAAAUCUUUGUCCUGGCUCCAUGAAUGUGGCUGAGAGGUCACAAGGGUCUCCUCUAUGGUAGACUCCCAGCUCCUUCCCUUCUUAGGGCCUGGGGAGUGGUUCCAGGGAAGUAUCUGUCACUCUGGCCGUGAGGUGUCCCGCAGCACCAGCAGGGUCCCUUCUACUCACAUCACAGGUCUCUUGUGUCCAGGUCCCUUAGAUCUUGGCUGGUCUGAGAUUACUUCCUCCUUUUGCUUCCAGGGACACACUUGAUGUGGGUCCCAGGUACAGAUUCUCUCAGGAGUGUCACUUCCUACCCAGCUUUCCCCUCCCCUUACUUCUAUCAAAAAGUCUUAAUUCCAUGAUAGUGUCCCUGAGAAGAGACAGAGGGACCCAAUUCUAGGCAGUGACACCACAGGAGACUAGGGAAGGCUAAUGCUGUCCCUGUAUACUUAUUAUCCACAAGUCUUUCUGAUGAGUGAAAGGUCCUGAGAGAAUCUAGUUAUGGCUUGACCCCACCCAGAAAGUGGAAUUUUGUUUGGCCUCCAGUGACAGCAACUAUGAAUGUUGUUACCAUCAACUAGGCUGAUGUCUGUGAUGGCUGGGAGCUUAGAGGCCAGAUGGUUCCCCAGUUCUUGCUCUGGAACACAGACCUGUUGGCUUCAAACCAACCCAACCUAAGCCUCUGCCAAGAAUUCUCCAGGUCCAUCAGCUGCAGAGGGGGAGGAAGAGGUCUUGCCUGUGCCAAGUAUAGGAGUGAAUAAAAAAUACUUGCUUAGUGAGGAGAAAUGUUUUUUUGUUUUUGUUUUUGUUUGCCAGUCCUGGGGCUUUGACUUAGGGCCUGAGCACUGUUCCUGGAUUCUUUUUUGCUCAAGGCUAGCCCUCUACCUCUUGAGCCAUAGCACCACUUCCAGCUUUUUCUGUUUAUGUGGUGCUGAGGAAUCGAACCUAGGACUUCAUGCAUGCUAGGCAAGCGCUCUACCACUAAGCCACAUUCCCAGCACCAGAAAUGGCAUUUUAUGUCACAUGUUCUGUUCUGGAUGUCUCUAGGUUUAAGACAACUUUGCAAAUGACACAAAUAAUACAAGUGUGUGGGGAGUGAUGUAUGGAGAUAUCAAUUUGUCUUCUCUUUCUCCUUCUUUUCAAAAAAAUG